GCCCACUUUCCCUUAUUCUGUGUCUGACAGUGACCGUCGCUAUGGCAGAUGAGAAGAAAUCGCAGGCAACUUCCAAGAAAGGCGCGAAGAAAAUCAUCAAGAAGGCGCCGGGGAAAAGCGGCAAGAAAAGGAGCCGACGCAGGAAAGAAAGUUACUCCAUCUACAUCUACAAAGUGAUGAAGCAGGUUCACCCCGACACCGGCAUCUCCUCCAGGGCCAUGAGCAUCAUGAACUCGUUCGUCAACGAUAUUUUCGAGCGUAUCGCAGGGGAGGCUUCCCGCCUGGCCCAUUACAACAAGCGCAGCACCAUCAGCUCCCGGGAGAUCCAGACCGCCGUGCGGCUGCUGCUGCCCGGGGAGCUGGCCAAGCACGCCGUGUCGGAGGGUACAAAGGCGGUGACCAAGUACACCAGCUCCAAGUGAGACACCUCGCUGCUGAAAGCAGACACCAAUCCAAAACCCAACGGCUCUUUUAAGAGCCACCCACAACUGCACUGAGGCAGCUGAACCGUUUUAACUUGGAUAGUCGAUGCUAGAGAAUCUGAGACAACAAGGUGUGGGGCUGGGUAAACACAGCAAGCAGAGCAGCGUCAGAGGAGCAGGAAUGUUGACAUUUCGGGGCGAGACCCUUCUUAAGAAAUUAGGUUUUAACUUUGUGGUUUAUUCUGGGUCUGUAUAAUUUAUGUCCCUAAGCUUUGUGUUUCGUUUUCAAUAAAUUUUGUUAAAAAAAAUUCGUGUGAUCCCUGACCCUCUGCCCUUUAUUCUCGGUUGCGUAGUUCCCUGACUGUUUUCCCUGCCUGUAUAGAGAGCAUACUUUUCGUCCCGGAGUCAUUUUUUCUGCACCUUCUAUGUUUUCCAGUUACUCUGUAACCCUUGAUCAGCGCAAAAGCUACAGUGCCCCGUGGGUUAUGAAACACGAGUUUCACCGCCGGAAUGAAAAGUAACUGUUCUAGUCCCACGAAUAGAUUUUGAAAUUUACUUGUCCUUUUCUUUCAUUAACUUUUCCAAGCGCCACUGAGACUUCGUCUGAUGUUUGCAGAGCACUGCAAAUGAGGCCCUCAGCUGUCGAUAAGGGGCUUUCAAACUGAACUGAGAUAAAACCAGAUUAACUGCUGGAUUGCCAUAUCAAGUGUGAAACUGUGGUUGAAGUCUGAUCAAGGACAAUAGGGACGGCACUUUAAACUAAAGUUUCACCGCUCUCUCCGGCAAGAAGGUUAUGUGAGUUUUUCCUAAAUAUUUCAGGGUGCACUUGCAAUAUGAAAAAUGAAUUAAAUUCGAUGAAAAAUUAAAUUAUUCAUUCCUCUUUGUAAAACUUCUUUUUCCUAUUUCGGACAUGUUGGAGGGUUUUGUCGCUGUGGGUAAUGAGCCCUAAAUUUCUCCCGUGGUAACGAAAGCAAAUGACCCCGAAUUUGAGACCCACGAAGAGUAGUAUCGUGCGAUUUCUGUUUUGUUUCAAUUCCCAAAUCUCGACGUGAAGUUCUCCGAAUUUAUUUUCAGAAUGCAGUAUGUGGGGCUUGCUGUUCUCGAGAAGAGGCUUUCAAAAUGAACCGAGAUUAACAGGGAAGUCUGAUCUAGCACAAUAAUUACAAAAUUUCCCGAAGUCGGUGUUACUCACUGAGUGAGAACGAGAGGUUAUGUCAAGGAUCAAUUUGUAAUCUGAAAGGAAAUUAAAUCGUAAGCAUUCACGUAAAGCGUCUU